UUGAACCUGCAGACGGCAGCAAGUGAAUCGUCAGGGAACGGUUGUGCAGCAAGUGGUACCGUUGAAGCAGGAGCCUCAGAAGAACAAGACGACGACGAGGCAGUCACAGAAGUGGCCAUCAGAUUCGUGCCUAGUGAUGAAUCCGUUUUGCAGGAGCUUUACCAACAAAUGUGUGAGUGUCAGUCGUUGAAUCGAGAUGAAGAUGAUGACUUGUCAGAGGAAUUCGAUGAUGGUUAUGAAGAGUAUGGCGGUGACGGUACUGAGGAAUUGAUGGGACAACAAAUGGGUCAAGGUGACGGUCAGUGGUAUACGAUGGAUUCUGAGGGUGAGCCAGAACUAAGUGCAGAAGGAAUGGCAACACUGCAAAGAAUUAUGGCCAAUAGUCAACGACACGCUCUUGAGAAUGUUCAAAAUGGGCGUAGGGACAGUGAAGAUGAACGUGAACAAAUGGAUCAAUAG